AUGCGCCCAAAAAAGGCGCCGGCGACGACGAACCGCCUGGCCCGGCCGAUUUGGACACCAGGGCAGCCUGGACGGAGAAGAACAAAGCUUCGCCUGCCCCGCCCAGUCUCUGAGCGCGGAAGGGAGGACAGGGGGGCACAUGCCAAGCGCCUGGGCUUCGGUGGUCGUCAAGACCCCCGGGGCCAAUCGCCUCUGAACCGGGGGCAGCUUGCAUCCCAGCUCCAGUUGCUGUCCACUCUUUUGAUCCUCCCCCUCCCUGUCGCCGUCUCUUCGUUCGACGUCAAGUUAAGCAUCUACUUGGGUGUUAAGGUUGUUGUCGGUUCGAGUGGCGCUCUCCACUGUGUGCUCUUGAAUAAGAGGGCUUAA